UCAGCGCGCAGACCCCGACAGGAAAGCCCCGUGGAGCUCUGCGUGCAAGGCGCAGCCCGAGAAAGCUCAUUCGGGUUAGUGACCCUGGACCGACCUGCUUCGAACGAGCGCGCUGGGCAAGAAGCCCCUCCUUCGCUUCCUGCCUUGUGCCCAGUGCGGUCUGGGCGGCAAGUCUUCUGUGUAGCCACAAAGUCAAUCACGACGCUCUGGAAGUGCACGCAGUUCGUGUCCUAAGAGGAGUUUCCUCCGGAAACAGCAGCCCAAUGUACGAGACGCAGCUUUCAGAGAAACAUCGGGCCCUGCAGGCUCUGGAGAGACUUGUGGCCAAACUCAAGGAGAAGGGCGAUGGAGCGCACAGCGAGAAGCUCGCCAGGUUCCACGAGACCCUCAAGAGCCCGAUGCUCGGACAGAUCCUCACCCUUCAGCACUCGAUCAAGCAGCUCAAGGAGCAGCUGAACCGAAUGCCACCAGACGUCAGUCCCGAGUUUGAAUUUUCAAAGAAGGGCUCCCUGAUCUUCACUUCUACCCAGCGCCCCGUCAGCGGCCAGCAUGGGGCAGACGAAGUGCCACCUCUGCUUGUCAACGGCCACGGGCCUAUGGACCCCGAGACUGGGAAUGUGGAGCAGUUUGAGCAAAUCAUCACGGGAAUGGCCAAGGGCCGCCAUGUCGAACGCCUUCAUCUGCAGAAGCCCGAAGUGGGAGGCCUUGGCUUCAGCGUGGUGGGUCUGAGGAAGGAGUCCGUCGGGGAGCAUGGCAUCUUCAUUAAGCAGGUGCAGCCUGGGAGCAUCGCCGACAGGGAUGGACGACUGAAGGAGAACGACCAGAUUCUGGCCAUCGGUGGCACCCCCCUGGACCAGAAUAUCUCGCACCAGCAAGCCAUCGCUUUGCUCCAGCAGUCCUCUGGAUCUGUGGAUCUGGUGGUGGCCCGGGGCGCGGACCUGAGGAGUGAUGUGCCCAUCGGCCUGCCCCCGAACGUCACCGCACCGGUCUUGUGGAGGCACGUGGAAGAGAUUGAGUUGGUAAAUGAUGGCUCAGGCCUGGGAUUUGGCAUCGUAGGUGGCAAGGCGGCAGGAGUCGUGGUGAGGACCGUCAUCCCGGGGAGUGUGGCCGAUAAGGAUGGCAGGCUGAAAACUGGAGAUCACAUCCUCCAGAUUGGGGGCACAGACGUGCACGGGUUGGCCACCGACCAAGUGGUUCAAGUUCUCCAGAGUUGUGGUAACCAAGUAAAGUUAGUUGUUGCCCGUGAUCCGGUGGGCCCUGCUGUUCCCAGGCUGCCUGCUCUGCCAGCUUCACCAGUCUCUGCUUUGCCAGCCUUGCCCAGAGAUGGGGCAUCACUAAACCUCGAUGGGUACGACGUGUACGACGUGAUGCUGCACAAGAAGGAGGGCCAGAGCCUGGGAGUCACCAUCGUGGGAUAUGUGGGCACUGCCACAGGAGGCUCAUCUGGGAUUUUCGUUAAGAACGUCAUCCCCGGGAGCGCCGCCGAGCAGAGCGGCCGGAUUCGGCCACAGGACCGGAUCGUCGCGGUGGACGGCGUGAACGUGCAGGGCUUCAUGAACCACGAAGUGGUAGAUGUGUUGAAGAGGACCGGCCAGACUGUCCUGCUGACUUUGGCACGGAAGAAGACUGCAGACCCUGUCCUAAUGGAGAGGUCCCUGGAUAAAGUAGUUCAGAGGGAGCCAGUGCAGACCACCAUGGAGGUCCGAGCGGAGAUUGCCACGGAGAUGGUGGACAAUGCAGUCAAUGAGAUGAAGCAGCGCUUGGCACAAGAACGAAGCGGGAAUUCAACCGAGGACUUGGAGACCAAGUGGAAGGACAUCCUGGGCACGGGUUAUGACGUCAUGGUCGUUAAACUUGACUCGAUGAUGACGGACGACGCCGAGCUGCAGAAAUAUUCCAAGCUGCUGCCCAUUCAUACGCUGCGUCUCGGAGUGGAGCUGGACUCCUUCAAUGGCCGUCACUACAUCUCCUCCGUGGCGUCCGAGGGACCCAUCGCCACUCAUGGACUUCUGAAGCCUGAAGAUGAGCUUUUAGAGGUCAAUGGCGUCCAGCUGUAUGGGAAGACGCGCCGGGAGGCCGUGUCCUUCUUGAAGGAGGUCCCUCCCCCGUUUACGUUGGUGUGCGCGCGGCGCCUCGGUGGAGAUGACGCUGGAUCGGCGAUGGACGAGCCUGGCUGUGUGGUGGAGCCUGGUGACGUCCCGCUGGUGUUGACCGAUGUGUCCCCCCUGCAGGCCGGAGACCAUCAGGUGGAGGAGCCUCCUGAGGCGCCAGACGAGGAAGAGGAUGGAGAGCUGGCGGUUUGGUCGAGGGACGUGCAGGUGGUGGAGCUGGAGAAGGGGGCAGAGAGCCUGGGCUUCAGCAUUCUGGACUAUCAGGAUCCUGUAGAUCCAACACGUACUGUGAUCGUGAUCCGCUCCUUGGUCGCUGGUGGGCUAGCCGAGAGAAGCGGUGGCAUCCUCCCGGGGGACCGCCUGGUCUUUGUGAAUGACACCCACUUGGACGCAUGUGGCCUCGUGGAGGCUGUGGAGGUGCUGAAAUCUGUGCCCCCUGGCAAGGUCCUCUUGGGCAUCUGCAAGCCCCUGUUGCCCGACCUGGAAGAGAAGGAGGAAGAGGAGGAGGAGGAAUCCCCCCAGGAGGAGGUGGAAGUCGAUGUGGACAGCGCAGCCUCCCUCAGCCUUGGCACCCCGACCCUCGUGCUUCCUGUCCCGCAGGGAUUUGAAGAUGACCCCCUCUUCCGUGAAGAGCUGGUGGACGAGCCGGACCCCCAUCUGUGGACCCACACAGGACCUGAUGAAGACGUGGUGGAGAGGGAGAUGGCAGUAGAUGAAGAGUGUGAGGAGGAGCUGGCUGGAUAUGAAAGCCUGGCAAAGGGUGGGCGUGAGUUCUCACAUCUGCCAUACGUGCAGCUCAGAGAGAAGGACAAAGAGGAGUGGACUGAGCCACAACCCUGUGCCAGCGCUCAGGAGGACGUCGAUCUGCAUGGUGGACUUUGGAGGGCCGAAUCCCCAGGAGUCAGCGGCUGGAGGCCAGAAGCAGAAGAGUCGACGGAGAACGAGCCUCAAGAGACCCCAAGGGUGGACCCUGUGAGGAGCUCACAAGACGACCUCAGAGAGCAGAUUGCCUUGGUGUUCAUCUCUGGUGAGGGUAAGCCGAGGAGGAGCCCAGUCCAUGCCAGGGGACAUCUUAAAACCCCACCCAGUGAACUGCCUGAAAGAGAAGAGGGGGAAGGAGAAGAGACGCCAAUUUUUAGUCACUGGGGGCCUCCAAGGAGGGUGGAAGUCUGGCGGGACCCCUCCGAGUCUUUGGGAAUCAGCAUCGUGGGUGGCCAGGUGGUCAUCAAGCGCCUGAAGAAUGGCGAGGAGCUCAAAGGCAUUUUCAUCAAACAGGUCCUGAAGGACAGCCCUGCUGGCAAGACGGCUGCCUUCCGAACUGGAGACAAAAUCCUUGAGGUUUCAGGGCAGGACCUCCGCAAUGCCAGCCACGAAGUCGCCGUGCAGGCCAUCAAAGACGCUGGAAAUCCUGUGGUGUUCGUCGUCCAGAGCCUGUCGUCCACCCCCAGACCCACAUCAGUGAUGCAUCCCAGUCAGAACAGGAGCAGACCACCCCGACAAGGUGCCAAGGUGCCAUCUCUAGGGGGUGCGCCCCCACCCAUGAAACUCCCCCCACCCUACCGAGAGCCUUGUGAACCCACCCUGAGUGAAGCAGACGCCGAUGAGAUUAUCAGGCAAAGGUAUGGCGACCUCCCAGGUGAGCUGCACGUCAUCGAGCUCGAGAAGGACCGUCACAGCCUGGGGCUCAGCCUGGCUGGCAACAGGGACCGCUCCCAGAUGAGCAUCUUUGUGGUGGGAAUCAACCCUGAAGGGCCGGCGGGACAGGACGGCCGCAUUUGUGUCGGAGAUGAGUUACUGGAGAUUAACGAUCAGGUCCUGUAUGGAAGGAGUCACCAAAACGCGUCGGCCAUCAUCAAGAGCGCUCAUUCCAAAGUCAAGCUCGUCCUAAUAAGAGCUGCAGAUGCUGUCACUCAGAUGGCGGUGCCACCCUUCCCAGGCUCCUGUGGUCUCAUGUCUUCCUGUCAGUCACAAGCCCCCUGUGAAGAGCCACAACAAGUGAACGAUGUUUUACAGAAUGAGGACCCCCUGAAUGUCUCUCUCCCUAAGGAUGACGACAGCUUGGAUUUGGAGGAGCACCUUGGAAGAGAUGACAUCUUCAAGAACUUCAGCGAGGGGACGGCCACAAAGGGUAGUAAAUUGCUGGAGGAAGCUGGAGAGGGCAGCACUGCAGGGGUGGCACCACACGAGCAGACUUCCGUGUUUUCCCACUCAUCGACAACUCCUAAUAAACUGACCCUCGGAGACCAGGAGAAGGCGGCGGCCCCCACGUCUCUUCCUCUGACUGCCUGCGCUGCCCCAGACUUGGACGAGUUCAGCCGCAGCAACACCCCCUCCCCUUUUGUGCCGAUGGACCCCACGAGCUGCCCAGUCAUCCCAGGCCAGGAGACGGUGAUUGAGAUUUCCAAGGGCCGCUCAGGACUGGGGCUCAGCAUUGUCGGAGGGAGAGACACCCAGCUGAAUGCCAUCGUGAUCCAUGAGGUCUACGAGGAGGGGGCUGCAGCUCGAGACGGCCGCCUUUGGGCUGGCGAUCAGAUCCUGGAGGUUAAUGGCAGCAGCCUGCGCAGCGCCACCCAUGAAGAGGCCAUCUCCGCCCUGAGGCAGACCCCCCAGAAGGUGCAGCUGACCGUGUUCCGGGAUGAGGCCCGCUUCAAGGAGGAGGAGAACCUCGACAUUUUGUUUGUGGAGCUUCACAAAAAGCCCGGCCGAGGACUUGGCCUCAGCAUCGCCGGCAAGCGGAAUGGGACGGGAGUUUUCAUAUCGGACAUCGUGAGAGGAGGCGCCGCCGACCAGGACGGCCGGUUAAUGCAGGGGGACCAGAUCCUGGCCGUCAACGAUGAAGAUAUGCGCAGCGCUUCUCAGGAGACCGUGGCUGCCAUCCUCAAGUGUGCCAAGGGGCUGGUCCAGCUGGAGCUGGGACGACUCAAAGCGGCUUCCUGGGUCUCCUCGAGGCUAACGUCUGAAGGGAGUCAGGAGCUCAGCUUCACCGGUGCCAAGAAGUCGUCCCUGGAGGCCCCUCUGAAAAAUCCAGGCUCUGAAAAUGAAAUCCGGACAGUGGAGAUCUCAAGGGGUCCCACGGACGCACUGGGGAUCAGUAUAGCCGGAGGGAAGGGGAGCCCGCUGGGUGACAUUCCCAUCUUUGUUGCCAUGAUCCAGGCCAACGGAGUGGCGGCCCGCACUCAGAGACUGAAGGUGGGGGACCGCAUCAUGAGCAUAAAUGGGCAGCUGCUGGACAGCCUGACGCACGCUGAGGUGGUGGACAUCCUGAAGAACGCUUAUGGGCUCAUCUCCCUGCAGGUGGUGGCCGACACAAACAUCAGUGCCAUAGCCAGUCAGCUUCAGAACAUGGCAGCCAGCCCGAACCUCAGCUGCCCAGUGGCUGCCCACACGGAGGACCCCCAACCCUCUCAGGCUAAGAUCGUCACCCUGGACAAAGGCCCCGAUGGACUUGGCUUCAGUAUAGUGGGUGGCUAUGGAAGUCCUCACGGCGACUUGCCCAUCUACGUCAAAACCAUCUUUGGCAAGGGAGCCGCCUCGGACGAUGGCCGCCUGAAGAGGGGGGAUCAGCUCCUGGCGGUGAACGGAGAGAGCUUGGAGGGCCUGACCCACGAGCAGGCGGUGGCCAUCCUGAAGCGACAGAAGGGGACGGUCACCUUGACUGUGCUGUCCUAAUCCUGCAGCCCUGCCCGGACUUGGGGGGCCCUCUGAAGGUGCCUUGGCUGCACAUCGUCAGUGCCACACGUGUACCCUUACCUGCCUACGGCCGCCAAAUCGAGCAUCCUUCAUGUGAGCCCACCUGUCCCGCAUGGCAAAGAGCCAGCUGGCCAGCCUCCCGUGUGUGUGCGGCCACCCUGCUUCCUGCUCAUUCGCUACAGCACUGCCAGUGCGAGUGGGCCGUCGCCUGGCACUGGGCAUAGCCUGGGCAAGUCCCUUACAUGUCACCUUCUCAUUACUGGCGAGUGACACUGGGGUGAGUGGGGGGUACAUUUUAGAAGUAGGACUUUCCUGUUGGCACAUACAAGGAGGCCAUCGGUGCCCGUCGUUUAGUGAAGACCAAACCUCGGGGCAACUUGGGAAGGUGGCAGAAAAUAAAGUGACGGAUCGGGGCUGAUCAUGUGACUUCCUGCCUGCGCACACUCGCACACGUGCAGUUGAAGGGAGAAGGACACGCGUGCGCGUGUGUGCGUGUGCGUGUGCUCGUGCUCGUGCGUGCGCGUGCGUGUGUGACUGCGCUCAGCCCCGACGUCGCGGCACGGUGACAGGUGAAUGGCGGUCUGCACAGGUGCCCCGGUCAUUUGUGUCUUUUCUGUUCUUUCUAAUUUGACUUCCUUUUAUGUUUUCUGUUAAUUUCACUUCAAUGAAAGCAAUAAAGAGACGAUUUUCUUAUUCCAA